GGAAGGGCAGGAGAACAGCCGAUGGGGAAUCAGGAAGAAUCGAAAAAAAGUGCCGGACUCGGAUGUAACGGCGUUUGGCGGAGAAAUUAAUUGAUGAUGAUAAUAAUGACAGGAAAAGAGGGGUUUGAAGAGGGUCUCUCCCACUCUCGCCAAAUGCGUCUAGUUGAUGACGAUGAUGACGCUGGCGAUGGAGGAAGACGAUGGUAUGGGAGUGGAGGUGAGGCGGAGAGGAUCGUUCCGCCCUGGUUUUUGCAGUGUUGCUGGAUAGUUGGAUCGACUGCAGCAGAUGCCAGUCUUGAAGAACGGGGGAAUUCCAGGCAGGAAUCCCUGAUUCUAAUGGACAAGGCUGCAAUUGGGUCGAUCCCAGGUCGGUGGAAAGACGCCUGGAUCGGCAGCCUGAAUCUAUCACCAGUUCUGGCUGAUCAAUCCAAGAUCUACAGAUUUGCUACGGUAACCACAGAUAACAUCGCCAAAUUUGUCCUACUCGCUACGGCGCUUUUAGAAUUUUAUUCAACCUGCUCCUGCAAGGGGACAUGCUUUUAUAUACGGCCACGUUGAUCCCCAGUCAAUCAUUGUGAUUUUCCCGCACCGCAGGCUGCCACGUAAAUUUAAUUUCAUUCAUCAUUGAUCUCCGUAAAUUCCAGAUAUGAUUGCGACUCGAAGUUGUCUGUAUUCAGACCAACUAAAGCUGGACUCGGCCGAAGUGGCUCGUAUCCAAGAAAUCAGGCUUGGCCUUUCGGUAUCACCAACCCCGUCCCACAUGGCUGAUUGAUAUUUCCUGCGGCAGGCUGGUGCUCCGCGGAAGAUGC